ACCUCGCAAGUUUUGUUACCUUUCUUCCUUCAUGGCUUAUUGUGAUUAUUAUUGGAAUAGUAACUUUCUAUUCUGUAACCUAUCUGUUGCCGAAGUCGAGGAUUGAUUUAACUGGGAAAUGUGUCUUGAUUACUGGUUGUGAUCAGGGCUUCGGUCGUGAAACAGCUAUUCGACUGGACAAGAUGGGAGCUUGCGUGAUUGCAACUUGUUUAACGAAAGAAGGAGAACAGAGUUUGAGACCAGUUACGAGCGAGAGAUUGAAAACUUUCCAGAUGGAUGUAACAAGCUCUGAGCAGAUUAGAGAUGUGUACCGCGAAGUCAAGAAAGAAAUUUCUACUGCUGGAUUGUGGGGACUGGUAAACAAUGCAGGAAUUCUAUCUCUCUGUCCCAUUGAGUGGACACCCAUGGAAGUCUUCAAACGCUCAGCAGAUGUUAACCUGUGGGGUAUGAUUGAUGUUACUAAGACCUUUUUGCCUCUGGUAAAGAAGACUUCUGGACGAGUGGUAAACUUAUCAAGCAUGGCAGGACUUAUUUCUUGCAAUUUUUAUGGCUCAUAUUCUGUAAGCAAAUAUGGUGUGGAGGCAUUUUCAGAUGCUCUGAGGCGUGAAAUGCUUCCUUGGGGAAUCAAAGUCUGCAUUUUAGAGCCAGGAUCGUUUUCGACCAACAUUUGUGCCCCAGAUAUGUUUGAGCAGCAGUUGAGGGAGGGGUGGAACAAACUGACUGAUGAACUAAAGGAUGAAUAUGGAGAGGAAUACCUUGACAGAAGUAUUGAAAUUAUGAGAGAUGGAAUAUAUCGUACGUCAAACAUUAGCCAAGUUGUUGACACAAUAGUGGAAGCCCUAACAUCAAGUUCGCCAUCUGACCGUUAUUUGGUUGGAAUAGAUGCAAAGUUUCUUCUUAUAUGGUUAGCACGGCUGCCAGCAUCUAUUGCUGACUUCAUUCUCCAUCUAGCUUUUAAUCCGCCUAAACAGAGAGCUGCAUUAUCUUAGAAAAAGCAAGAAGAGAUCCACAAGCAUCAAUCACGAGUCAUUAUUUGAAUGACCACUGCUUAAUUGGAUGGUAAUUUUUCUACAUGUAAACUGUGUUUUAAUUCAGUGAAAGGAAAAUAUAGCCAUGCUACAAAAAAUGGUCAAGUUAAACUAAAACUUAUGACAAGACAACUUUGUUGCCUUUUCCCAAACAAGGUAUUAAUUCAGCUGUAAGCAGACCACAAUAAAGGAGCAAUCAAGA